AUGAAAGAUAAAACGAUUUUGGUUAAACAAAACCCAAUACUGAAAGUAGUCAUUUUGGGAAAUAGUAAUGUAGGAAAAUCAUGUCUGAUGAACAGGUUUGUAAGUAACAGUUUUAGUGACCAUACACUUCAUACAUUGGGCGUAGAAUUUCUUCAAAAGGAACUCGAUGUCAAUGGAAUUGUAUAUACUUUGCAGAUCUGGGAUACUGCAGGCCAAGAAAGAUUUCGAACACUUCGAACACCUUUUUAUAGAGGAACUGAUAUUUGUUUGCUAACAUUUGCUGUUGACGAUGUCCAAAGCUUUAAAACUGUAGAUUCGUGGAAAAAAGAAUUCUUACAAUAUUCUAGGACAACUGAUGUGAAUUUUCCAUUUCUUGUUGUUGCUACAAAGGUAGACCUGCAAGACCGAGUAGUUUCUAGAGAUGAAGCAAACAAAUGGUGUUCAGAAUAUCUGAGUGCUCCUUAUGUUGAAACUAGUUCUAAAACAGAUAUGAAUAUAGAGACUGCAUUUACUUUAGCUGUUGAAGUUUGGGCUUCAACAGAAAGGCCCUCCGAAUUAAAAAUAUCACAUACCAAUUUAGUUAAAUUAUCUAGACCAACCAAUGGUAGCGCUGCUUGUCCUACAGCUGAAAUAGUAUCACCUAAGUGUUGUUAA